AUGAACUACAACAACAGCUAUGCCGAUAGCAACGUGCACGGACGGCGAAAGGUGAACAAUGCCAAGGAGAAGGAACAGGAGUCAUGGAGCAGCAUGAAUUACAUGAGUAAUAGCCAAAUGAAUUUGGCUGGUAGGUCGGGGGCAGACGUCAUGAUGGGACAUAGAACCUACGCCGACGCGUCGCCAAGCGAAGGCAACGUGGAGAGUGCGGGCGUCGGAGUGGGGAGGAGUCUGCACGUCGGUCCUGGAUAUGAGCAGGCGGGUCCGCCCAUCUACAGUUUGGAGACGGAUGCAGCUCACAUCGGCGGUAGUGUGGGAGGCCACAUCGGAGGCAAUGUCGGUGGCAACCUGGGGAACCGCCCUGGCGCAAACUUCCAGCACACCUUCCUCAACCCCAGCGACCUCGGCGCGCCCAGUGCUGCGUCACCCAGUUAUGUCAACGCGCACCCCGUAUGGGGCGGCAAGCGGAGCGAGUUCUACGCGUCAGGUGAUGCCGGUCACGUCGUGAGCGGUGGAAUCUAUCCCACAGCAGGCGGACCUUUCCACCCCGGAGGGUCAGCCGUGAACCCUAAUUUUCACAGAACGAACAAGGUUCCCAGUCAAGAAGGAAGAAGAGAAGGUAUGUACCCACACCAUGUUGGGCCGAAGAACGAAACGCAGGGAGCAGACAGCCGCCUUCCCUUCGUGAAUGACGGCAUGUAUAAUCAGCAGGAAAUGAAAAACCAGGUGUUUAUCCCGUCGCAACCAUUUAAAGGAGAAAAUACCAACAUGGGUUCCGGUCAAAUGAAUACAAAUCCCUUCCACCAGUCGGAGAGAUGGAGUAACAGAACAGACACCAUGGAAUCGAAAGCGAGCAAAGGGAUUAUGCAUAACAUAUUUGAAAGUCUAACGAACACAGUACAGACAAAUGAUCCGAUUAAUAACAUAAUGAAACAGAGAGUUGCCAAAAUGGUUAUGAGUGAGAUCGAGAAAAAAAUUGAAAGUCAUGACGGCAGCUUUAUUGGAAAUAAGUUAUCCCUGCUGAGAGGAUAUUUUGACGUCACUCAUUCUUAUGUCGUAAAUAAAAUUCUCUUCAUUCUCGUACCAUAUGUGUACAUACGGAAGGCUCUGUGUGAGUCCAGGACGUAUUAUGUGUAUACCCACUUGGAGCGGAUGAUGGGGAGUGGUCGUCACGAUAACAAGAAUUACACAUCUGCGUUUUCACUUAACAAAGGAGGUUCCCAAGGCUAUGCGCGUGGCACGGAGGAGAGCACUAGCCUCGUUAAGGGGGCCGCAGGUAGCCCGUUUGCGCAGAACCAGAGCUUUUUCUUCGACCCAAAGAGGGGCACAGGGGAGGGGGUAAGCGGCAUGGGAAGUGACCUUAGUGGGGUCAGCUCCGUAGGGGGAGUGAACGGGGCAAGCAGUCUAGAUGGUGGCACCGACGCACAGUGCGGGAACGUUGGGAGACACAACUCAAAUGACAUAAACUAUGUAGACUACAGCAGCAAUAUGGGUAUCUUCAAAGCUGACCUGUACAUACCGCUCAUGUCGAGUAUCACGUACAUCCUUCUGUAUACACUAACGGUGACGGCUCAGAAGAACAAUUUUGUAUUUAACCCGGAUAACCUCUUCAGCAUAACAUCGUAUGUCUUCCUCUUGCUAUUCUUCGAAACAGCCAUUAUUAAAUUCCUAUUUUUGCUAACAUGUCGAGAUAUUAACCUCUCCUUUCUCCACAUCCUGUCAUUCAUUUCGUACAAGUUUGUAAUACUGUGUGGGUUGAUAGUCACAAAAUUUUUCUUCUACCUGUUACACUUCACGUGUGCGUCUCUCUACGGGGUGCCAGAAGAGAUACUAGACAAGGAUGAGUCGCAUACGAACGUCUUAGCAAACAAGAUCGCGCACAAUGCAUUCAAAAGCAUGAGUACACCCCCCUCGUCGAGCUUUACCCCCUACAGUGUCGUCCUCUUCCUAAAUAGCCGCAUCAUGUACCGAUUGACGCAGAUUUACUUUUACCUCACAGUCAGUGUGCAGAUGAUGCAGCUCUUUAAGUCUAUUCACCUCUACGUGCACGAUAACUCCAGCUUGUCGAACCACUUAAAUGUCAAGCGGAUUAACAUUUUGAUUCUCAUUUUCUCUCUUUCUCAAAUUUUUUUGUGCUGGAUUUUGACUCCCUACUUCGCCUGA